AUGUCGAAUGAUGGCGACUAUCUAAUAGACCCAGAUAAGGAUAAAAAUGUUCAAAUUACUUAUGCUGGAGCUUCUAUCUACUAUGUAAACAAAAAUAAACGUUAUGCAGAUCAACUGAAGAUAAUAGGACCAACUCAAGCAAAACUGAGGAUAAUGGUGAGGAUAAAAAAUUACUAGAGACGUGUCCACUCUAUAAAAAGAGUACGGAGAGGGAUUAAUGAUAUAACAGAAUGUUUGUAUGGAGGAACAGAGGCAAAAAGUUUCUUGUAAACAUCACCUUACUCUGAGUGUGCAACAAAGCACCGAGAUAUAAUUUUUUCAGCUUAUAGGAUAUAGGAAUCAUUUGAUCACCUUAAUUCAUGUUGGUUACUUGAUCAGUACCACAUUUCUACUUUCCUGUGUUUCUCUAACACAGUUUAUAGCAGAGUAUGGAGAGAAUCUUGGCGUUGCUUAUGAUAUCUGGUAUCACCUUAACUCCUGGAGUAAGCUGAAGCUCGACUACAAAUGGAUUGUGGGUGAUUGGUCUGAGUGUUCUGCUACAUGCGCUAGAGGCAAGUUGAGGAGAAUGCAUUACAAAUUUAGCCUUAUCACCAAAGAAUUCAUUGUGACUCGGUCGAGAGAGCAUUUCAGUAAGGAAUACAAUGGUCUGAGGUUCUCCUCCUUGUGGAAAACUCUUAACUUUUCUUUUGUUCCCCGCUCUUGGCAAAAACGAAUAUCAUCUUUCUUAGUCUCAAGUCUUUUAUUAACAUAAUUUUAAAUCCUCGUCUAUUCCUUGUCUACCCUACUUCAUUUCUGGUUUAUUCCUUCCUUUUAAAAUGUUGGUGCUCUUCCACUCCAGCAAAUGAUCAUUUCAAAGUUUUUUUCUGUAAUUAGGAAUGAUUUUCUAUGAAACUACACGUGAGAAAACCAAAGAAAAUUUCAUCUUGAUCAUUAACAUUGAACAGAUAAAUAAAAUAAUAAUAAAAUAGAUACCAGGAUCACAUUUCGGCGUUCUUGAAUCAAUUUACGCAAAUACUGUACUCAUCUAACAUCUUGAUAAAUUCAUCCAACAGUGAAAUGAACGUUCAAUGGUAUUUCAUUUCUCUUAAGGUGUUCAAACUCGAGAAGUUCGUUGCGUUCUAGAAGAGGAUGGAACACCUGCUAGUGACAAAGCUUGUGAUAAACUUCUACGACCAGAUGAUAAUAAUGAAUGCAAUCAGCAACCCUGCCCUCCAGAGUAAAUAUCUUCUCAAGCGGAUUUUUUUUUCUCUUUUCUUUCUUGCCUGAUCACCUUCAUCAAUAAUUCCAAGUAUUAAUAUUCAAUAAAUAUAAUGACAUUCAUACCUCCACCGCCACCCAAUAUGUUUUUUUUACAGAUUACGGGGCUUACUUGGUGUAGAAGACAAAAAAAAAGAGAAAAAAAACGACGAAAAUAAUGAAACAAUGGAGUAACGAGGCGGUGUUCUGUUGUGACGAGUCCUGUGUCUUCUAUACCCAGAAGGAGCCCAGAUUACUCUACAAAAAUAAAGAAGAAGCUAAAAAUUGGCCAACUACUAAAACAUGGCUUCGUAACUAAGGUUUUGGUAAGGCGCGACCAGUGUCUGGAAGGCACUGACUCGAAUCCCGUCGAAGCCUAAACUUUUUCAUGCUUUUUUCUGCCUCUUUUUGUCGUAGCUCACCUGUGAGGAUCAUUUCUCUAUUUAUCAAUUUCCAUUGAGACGCACUGGAUUACACAAAAAGUUGCCACUCUAAACAGCCUGCAAGACAACGUUUUUUCAUUAUGUAGAAAGUCUGAAUCAUUCUCAUGCCAUUUCUCCAAGGUGGAUCGUUACAGAUUGGUCACCUUGUUCGAAAACCUGUGGUACUGGUGUUCAGACUCGAGAAAUGAAAUGUCACGAGAAAACGAGUAGUCACCACUAUUCUGAAAUAUCUACCUCUAAGUGUGACCCAAGUAAACUCCCAGAUGUCAGUCAGCUGAGUAGACAGUGCAACCAGAUCAUUUGCAAGCCAGAUUGGAAAAUUGAAUCAACGUGGACGGCAGUAAGUGAUUACUUAACAAUCUAUUUUUAUGAAGAUAUUUCGAAGAGCAAAGGAGUUGCACCAGUGGCUUGCGGGCUGACUCUGGAUGGGAAGGCCUGGGUUCCUUGCUGGCCCUGAUCGGGUCAUUAUGUUGGGAUUGUGGGCUCACUCUUACAAGCCUUUCUCCAGCCGCUACAACCCUUCAGGAGGAGUUGACUAGCUCGUAAUUGCUUCCACCAUGAUCUGGCAACUGGAUUUAGCUCCGCUGUUGAAGUUUGACUGGCUGGUGAAAUUUCUGAUUAAGAACAUUUUGUUUUUUUAGUGCUCUACUCCGUGUGGUGCAGGCAUUCGACAGCGUACAGUUAACUGUAUCCUUAUUGAUCAAGAUGGAAGACCCUCUCAAGUAUCAGAAGAACAGUGUUCUUUUCUGAAAAAGCCCAAGGACAAAGAGGAUUGUGAUAGCAAGCGACCCUGUUUAGAAGGUUGUGAGUUUAAUGACAUAACAACUGAUCACUUGCUGCUAGCUGUGUUCCCUGUUUGUCAGUUUCCCGCGUUUAGGUCUCAUAAGCUCAGUAAAUUGGAACUGUCUGAGUACCAUGGCGAUCAUUUAGAUGUUUUUUAUUGUUGAUAUUUGUAUUUCACGGGUGCUCGUUGCAAAAAAAACGAGGUUGAAGCGGCUUGAAGCAAACAAAGGUGAAACCUACUGAUGAGAAAUUUUGGUCAAUACACGUAAUCUUUCUAUCAGAUCUUUGUGAACUUUUUGAAAUCGCCUUUUUCAUAAUUAAAGUUAAAUACAUUCAAGAGGAGUAUGGUUAUGCGAUUAAGGUUGUAGCCCGUGACCUUCACAAUAGAAAAACUCCUUGAGAACUUGCAAAGAAAUUCCGAAACCUAGCGCUUUAGAUUCCUUAACUUAUCUCAGUUUGAUAUUUUUUUCAUCAGAUGGUAACUAUCAGUGCUACCCAACUAAUCCAUGUCAAAAUGACGCCGUUUGCAUCGAAAAGCCGCCAGGCGAAUACCACUGUGACUGUCUGGAAGGAUUCAAGGGAAAAAACUGUGACGGUAUGUAGUAUUGUCAACAGAAAAGUGUGCUGCGCUAACAUCAUUACUGGAAAUGCAUGAAAGAGCUCAGUCCCCAGGAAAAAAUUAGAAUUUGGAGUGUUGUUGAGCAGGAGUAGAAACUGGAAAACUCGUGGAAAACCUCUCAACAUAAGAAGAACAAUAACUACAAAGCGGUGUUACAAUUUUUUCGCAUUCCUUUGCCCUGUGAUUCGUCCAGAAAACCCCAACCAUCUUCUCGAACAAUCAGAUGCAAAACUUAAAAACAACACGCAUCCCUUUUUGCGGCAGCCCUCAUUACGAGUGAUUGCUUAAAGUUCUCAUUGGUUCCCAGCGACGUUUGUCGUAGAAUUUGAUCUUUUUCGCAUAGCACAAAAAAAUGACCAGAGUGCUAAAGAAGCAUGAAUCUAGACACGCUGAUGACCAUGACCAGCGGUAAUAACAAAGCUUUUAUUUACCUAUAGAGAUGGAGACUCCUUGUCAAAAGCAACCAUGUCAAAACGGAGCCACUUGCGUGCGUAAUGCUAAAUCCUCGAAGUGGGAACGCAAAUAUACUUGUAUUUGCCCAGAAUGGUACAAGGGAAAGAAUUGUGAGCGUAAGUACCAUGCAACGAUAUAUCAAUGAGGACAAAUGAACACAAAGGAUUUUUGGUCAAGAGUCGACUGGUUAGUGCUGAUUUAUUGGCUAUUGCAGUGGUCACAAAUAAUAAAAAUUGUUUGGUUUAUGCUCGCCACAACUAUUUUUGUAAAGCUAUCUUAUGUAUUAAAAUAGCUUUACUUUACAGGGAAGUUUUUUUUUUUUAAUGUUUAGUAAGAUGACUAAACGUCUUAUUGAACUUUGAAAUGACGAGACUAUUUGGAAAUGACCCAAAAUUAUAAGAAUAGACGUAAGGAGAAGGAUAUGACGUCUCUACAGGAAAGAUGACAACUUAAAACGGCCUGAGAAAAGAUGAUGUUGCGCGACUUGAAACGAAAAAUCGAGUUAGGCCUCUCGGAACGUGAAAUGGACAAUUUUGGUAGCAGAAAGGCUCUAAAAAUUUUACAUUCAUGACAGCCUCAUGGAAAAAAUGAGUAACUUAUCUUGAUAAAUAUGUCCAUGUGAAUGGUUUAUGAUAGUUUCAUCAAUAAUGGUUUCUUCCUUUCAGAAAAAAUAUUUCCAUGUAAUAGCCAUCCAUGCCGCAGCCAUGCUACUUGCAUAGACGGUCUUAGUGAUCCCUCAAACUUCACAUGUAAAUGUCCACCGUGGUUCACUGGGAAGUUUUGUGAAGGUGAGUUCAGUGACAUUCCCAUGGGCAGGUUUACCUUGACAGUUUACUUGACUAGCAUUUCCUUAAUAUGUCUCUUUGGGGGAAAUUUCGAAAGGGAGAUUGGGACCCAAUUUUUUGGUGUAGAUAUGAUUUCGCAAUUAUGCAACCUAUAUAUUAUAUAUUCACCUUGAUAUGUCGGAUUAAAGAUUUGCUAUUCAUGAAAUAUUCUCGCUUUUGGGCAACUAACAGUUACCAUUCCUUUUAAUCCACAGUAACUACCAACAAAUGCGAUGAGGAACCGUGCAACAACAGAGGAUAUUGUCUGAGUAAGAAAACAGACCCAGCCUGGUACCAAUGCUUCUGCGAAGACUGGUUUGAAGGAACAAACUGUGAAAGUAAGUUUUGUAAUGGAUCUUGAGACAAUCGCAUGCCAUAGGUAAGAAACAAGUAGGUACUCUGCCAACCAAAAACAAUUUUCUAUCAGCAACUUGUUAAGUGGCGUAGCGCCGUUGACUGUUGUUGUCAGACAAAGAAGAAAAAUUGUCGAAUUAGUCCCUGAAGUUACAUAGGUUGAAAUAAAAUUGAACAAGCGCAGUUUUAGACGGAAAAGAUAUUUUCCUCCAAUAGAAACAAGGUAUCCAUGGUUGAGGUCUAUGAACCAAUAGACCACGAUGCAAGAACCAAUUAAAUACUCUUAUUUUUCUCAAAUCAUGAUCCUAGUGACCAGUCGAUUUAAAAGAAAAUACAAUACAAUAACACAAUACAAUAAGAGUUUAUUGUGAAAAUACACUUAGCUACAAUAAUAGUGUGCUUUCGCAGACGGGACCGAAAUCGGGGUCUGUGAAAGCACGCCAGCUAAUUUACAGAUAUUCCACAAACACAAUAAAGUUAAGAGUUAAAAAAAAAACAAAAAAAAACUAGAUAUGGAAUAUUCUAUAAUUUAAAAUUAUAAUAAUAAAAUCUUAAUAAGUAUAUCUUAUUUCUAAAUAAAUACUAAAUUCAACCGGGAUGCUUUCUAUAAGCGAACACGAACUUGUGGAGAAUAUUUCUGAACUGGGGACUGACUCUUGAAUGAACAAGCGUUUCAAAGACUUUUGACUAAGAUGGAAGAAUGGUGAGAGGUCUGUAAUUAUCCUUGGACAGGCUGCAGUCUUUCUUAUACACUGGAGUUAUUUCGCCCUUUUUCCACUGUUUAGGGAUUUUUCCAACGUCCAGAAUAUAAUUGAAGAGAAAAAAAAUGAUUAGGUAUAACCGAUUAGGUAUACUGUAGGUAUAUACUGUAUACUGUUUACAGGUAUACUGUAAACGACUAUUGAUUAUACUUUCACUCGUUUCCUUUUUUAGAGCAAAUAUAUCCUUGCGACUUAAAGCCGUGCAAAAAUGGAGCUACCUGCACCAAUGACCCGGAUGACAUCUCAUUACAUCAUUGUCAAUGCCCAACCUGGUUUACUGGCCAAAAUUGUGAAGGUUUGAGGAUAUUUUUUAUUCGUCAAGCAUUUUAAUUGGGUAAUGUCCUCAUUAACCACCUUGCGUGCUAUGCGUUCUCCUUAUUUUUACGUUCGCCACACAAGGCGCUCGCAUGUCCUAGCAGUGAUAAAAGGAACGCGUGUCACAUGUAAAGUUAGUAUAUAGCUAUGCUGGCCAUCCAGUUCUCUUUACGUAAGUGAUAGAACCCAAGGGAAAAAUAUAUAUAAGAUUCAGUCUACAAUAUCCUUAGGUGCCAAUCAAAAGAAGGUAUGAACCAGGAGAUAACGUUAUUCCAUGGUAAUUACAUGGGGGAAUUUCCUUUCCUGUCUUGGGAGUGAAAUGGUUACACAUUUACCAAGGAAAGUUAAGCUAGAACUGUGUAGCUCUCUCUUUCUCAGAAACAUCAUUUAGGAAUCACGUCUGCUCAUGCAAUCAAUCAAUUUAUUUGGUUUUAUCAAAUAACUUGAUAAAAACUUGAAGUGAAUUAAAAAGGUUGUAAAGCUGUCGUUUAGAGCCUCAGCCCCAAAUUAUCUUGUUAUACUCCCCACCAACGAAGAAUCCCAGUUUCUUAAACAACUUACCCCUUUAAUUAUAUAUGUCAAACCCGGGAAUGUGGUCACCAUCUAAUUCCAAGCCAUAGCUAGACUCACGCGCUUACAUUAGUCGUUAUCGCUCAGAUUUUGCCCUCAGGGCAUCUAUCCGCAUAUGGGUUGAACCUAAGGAGUACUUAGUUCCCCUGAUGUCAUAUGCUUGAUUCAACAGUGCAACUGACCUCCUGUGACAGUGACCCGUGUCAAAAUGGUGGGUACUGUAAUAGUGAUCCGAAGACACCUGAUGUAUAUGAAUGUCAGUGUGGGGAUUGGUUCAAGGGUACCAACUGCGAAGGUAAGUGGGAAGGCUUGUUUAAACUGUCUUAGUUUCAUUUAGUCUCUGUCUCCCUCCUCCAAGGGAUUGACCCCAAGAAAGAAUAUGACAUCAAACUGUAAAGAGAAAGAUUGUAACCGAAUGUAGUUCUGGUGUAUUGUAGUCAGAUGUACUUUAAAAGUUAGCAACAUCAAGGAAACAAAAAAAAAAAAGUAACUUCCCCUUUUUCAAGGAAGAAAAUGAUCCAGUGUCAGGACUACCCAGUGGUACUUUGAUGAGUAACUGCGCCUUAGGACCCUUUUUGUCUCUCUCUCUUCCCCCCUCGUGUUUAGGAGAGCGUGUGUUUUUCCGUUCCGUUAUAUUCAAGGUCAUUCUUGCUCUAUUAGUCGUCAUCAAUCCUCUAUUCCUUCGUAGCUGGCGCAUGAUUAGGGCGUUGAUAGUUACCGAGAGAUUUUGAAAUGAAUAAACGUUAACUGAGAGGCACUUUGCAAAUUUUUACCGGCCAGAAUUAAUGUAUAUCAACAAAUAUAAUUUGGUUUUAUCAACUUGGUUGGCAAGGCAAAUUUGCUACUUUCUUAAGCUGACGGCUCGAGCAUUCGCAAUUCGCUCUGCCGUAAGGCUAACGCUCGAAACGUCAGCCUCCAAAACUCUUUGCGGUCAUUAUCAAGUCAGUUGAUUAAACCAAGUUAUUUUGUCAUACACCCUACCCGCAGCACCACAAUUUAUUAACAAACUUACUUCCUUUAUACUAACAGAAACCUCAGCAGAACUAUAACAGCACAUUUUCCUUUCAGUUCAAAUAUUUCCAUGUGACUCCAAACCCUGCCUAAAUGGAGCAGCCUGUAGGAAUGAUGAGACAGACAUAUCCGAAUACCACUGUGACUGCCUGUCUGGUUUCUUUGGGAAAAAAUGUCAGGGUAAUAAAAAUGUCCACGUCUUAGUAUAUGUAACACGCUGAGCGGUUUUUUGCAUAUUUAAGCCGUUCCAUCCAUUUUAGAGAUUUGGAAGGGUGAGCAGUUAGUUCUCGCGAAGUUAUAACCUCAACUCUUAGGCUUUUUGUGAAAAAAAGGUUGUAAAGUUGGCAUUCGUCACUAAAAUUAUGUUUACUUGUACGAUUCUGUUAAUUGAUAGUCCUGUAACCUCAAUCGUCGGCGUCAUUCUCGGUUAGGGAAAAAUAAGCAUGCGAGAAAGCUCUCAUCAGCCUCGAAGAACGCGCGUUUCUCCGCCCGCCGCAACAUUCGAGACUACUCAGAGAGAGGCUUGCAGGGGUGCUGACACAAGUUAUCAUUGCCUGACCUCUUGAGAUUUCUCAGCGGCUCGAGUUGCAGGUUCAUGUCUUCCCGGGCGAAGAAACCUUCUUGCCGAAGCGGUAGUAAUUAGUGAGGACCUGCUUAAAGGCUAGGGAAAAAGUGUACACAUAUUUCACAACCCUUACUAGCGUCGUCGGAGAAAGCAAAAAACCUGACACCCCGGGUGGAAGAAAAUUAUGUCAUAGGUUACAGAGUAGAGAUUGUUUGAGUCAGAGCUGGUGUCAGAAUGAUCAUCAUACCUUUCAUUUUAGUAUAGGAAAAUAAUGAAGAUAAAAAUAAAUGAAAAAAAAUUGAUAUUAAAAAUAUAGUUAUGAUCAUGUGGCUUCAUAACUAUAUUAAAUCGUUACACGAGUAAAAAUUUCUAAAAGUAUUUAAAAAAUUAUUUUAGAAUCCCAACGCUUCGGCUAAGAAACUCCAGCCCUCAUCAGGGGAAAGUGAAAAAGAGGAAUUUAAAAAGCACAAAAUAUAGAGAGAAAUGUAAAAUUUGAACAGUUGUUAAUAAUUAAGUCUUUUCCUCUAGUGCCAAAGUCAUAUACACGUGUGGCAAAUCUAAGCCAUCCUCUCGAUUGAGCGGAUUCCUGCAAAUCUUUAUCUCACAUGCUUCUAGAGGGCUUCGGGACCGCUAAUCUACAUAUGCGCGUAAGAUCUUAGAAGAUUUCCAGGCGACAGAGUGGCAGAAUGUAAACAAUCUUAUUAGGAGCACUCGUAGUUCUUUUCUUCGAGUAUGUCUGUGUCAUUCGCUGAAUACAACAUCUUUGGUUUACAUCACCAGGCUUAAAUAUAUUUACCACCUUCAUUUGCAUUAUUGCGCAAAUGCAUCACAUUCAACAUUCCUAUCCCAGCAGUAUACAAGAGGUUUGUCACUCUGGACCUCGUUAAACGGCCUAGUCUGCCACACUCUCCUAUAGCUCAGUGAAGGAGCAUCCGAAGUGCUAAUCGGAAGGUCUUCGGUACGAGCACUCGGAAUUCUUUUUCUCCGAGUCUGCCUGUUUCAUUCACAGAAUACAUCAUUCAAUGUAAACACUGUUUCGCUAAGCUAUCGUGAUGUUUUUAUAACUUUUUACCAGUGUGACGAUUUUAUAUAGUAGAGAUUGGUAUCUUCUUGUCGUUUAAUUUAUCGAUCUAUGUUUUCCUUUAUUUUUAAAUUCAUUUAUUCGCUCGUGCAUUUAAUUAUUUUCGCAGCUUCUCCUUUCUCUGAGAUUGGUUGUUUCAAGACGCCGAAAACUGGUUUAAAAAGCAUACUGGCAAAUCACAACCAAGACUUCGAUCCAGAAAAAAUUAAAUCGUAUAUUUAUGAGUGUGGCGAACUUGCAUUUGACAAAGGUUACAGUCACUUUGCCCUCGGAUAUCGAGCAAUUUGUUUGUCGAGUGGAACUGCUCAGAACGAAUACUUCCAGAAAGGGGGUACCAAAGCCAGUGACUGUAAGGAUGACAUUGGAAGCAAAUCUUCAGUCCAUGUAUAUACUUUUGGUGAGUAAAAUUCGAAGAGAUUGGAAGAUUCUAACUUUAAUAGACAUUCGAUACAACUCAAACAAUUUGAGUCGGUUUAUUUGACUAAAACCUGCUUUUUGAAAAAAGCUGAAAUCUUUCCCAAAUUUUUGGAGGUACUGACAAACUGGAAGGGCUAGAAUGGACUAAAAUUAUGUACAGAGGUUAAGAAUAGAGAAGACUACGAUGGAAUCGAAAUAAUGGACGCUCAAACCUAUCGCGGUGGAUGUGUUCUGCGGUAAUCAUUGGAAGUAAAAGUGAUAUUCGUUAGCCAUCCCGUGUCGCUUCACAACGAAAGGAUUUGCACAUGUUCGACAAAUUUUUAACGUCUACUCUGAAAAAGGAAUAUGAUUCCAAUUAACAAUUGUAUCGAUUUCAUUCUCAGAACCUUUACCGAAAUCUGUCCCUGAGGGAUGCUUCAUAGAAAAAGGGAAAUCAGAGAAGUUACUGACUGACAAUUACGCCAGCUUCUCAAGUAACUCUGACCCCAAAGCCACUAUUUUGUACUGUUCUACUCUGGCGCGAGACAUGGGCUACGAGUACUUCGCUGUACAAAACGAGGUACAAUGCUGGACCAGUAAAGACAUCGCUAAUACAUACAGCAAGUACGGAAAGUCCGACAAUUGUGCAGGUGGAGUUGGUAAAGAGAUGGCAAACUUUGUGUAUCGUAUUCAAGCCUCGUAUUCAUAUCCAACUGGUUGUGAUGAUGAUCCUUGUCAAAACGAUGGGUUUUGUGUGGUGGACAACAAUGAUCCUAUGCAGUACUCGUGUGAAUGUAAGGAAAUGUUCAGUGGAAAGAACUGCGAAGGUUGGUGUGAUUUAAACGAGAUAUGGUUGAUCUACUAUCAGUUAUUAACUAUAUUUAUGUACAAACUUCUCUUGGAAAGUUUUCAUCUUUACUCAUUUUAAAUUAUUUCCUAGUGCGGUCUUAUGCAUGUGAUAGCCAACCUUGUAAGAACGGGGCAGCUUGCCGCAACGACGAAAAAGAUAUCACAAAAUACCACUGCGAUUGUACGAACGACUUUAGUGGAGUCAAUUGUCAAGGUAAUAAGACAAGUGAUUCGAAUAACUUGCAAUUAAUUGCAAAGGUAUUCCAUGACGCUUUCUGAACGUAAAUGAAUAAGUUUGGACGUAUCAUCGAAAAAAAACCUUAUCAGGGAUGCUCAAUAAAGUGUAUGUAUGUUAGUAUCUAUGUAAGUAGAUAUGACGUCCACAUUGUUGUGUGAGAUGGACUGCAAUUAUAGAUCCUGAAAGAGAGAAAAGUCAGUUUUCGCUGUCUUUAUUCUUUUUGCUUCAACAUUAAUUUGCACAUACAUAUUCCGAUAUUGAUAGAUUGUUGGUUUUUGUAAUUCUAGUUCCUUCUUUUGCUGAAAUUGGCUGUUUCAAAGCACCAAAGUCCGGUCUUAAGGAGGUACUUACAUCUCCGAAGGGAUUUGAUUCAAAGAAAGUAAAAACUUAUAUAUAUGAAUGCGCCGAGCUGGCAUUCGACAAAGGUUACAGCCAUUUUGCAUUGGGCAAUCAAGGAAACUGCCUUUCGAGUAAAACCGCCGAUAAAGAAUACUUUGAAAAAGGAGGAACCAGUCCUAGUAGCUGUAAGGAUGGCAUAGGGAGUAAAAUGGCAGUCGACGUGUAUACCUUUGGUGAGUAGGACGCAAACACAAACUACAGCUACAGUGCAAGAAUGAUAACGACUGUGGAGGCUCUUCCCACCCUUUCUACGUCCUCAACAAUCAGUCCAUUGAUGACUGGUACACAAAAUAUCACCUUUGAAAGCGUAAAUAAAAUAUGAAGGAGUUUUGAAAGACAAAAUCUUGUAAUUUCAAUCUUUUUUAUUCAAAUAAGAAUUCUAUUUUUUUUUUCAAAGAACCUCUUUAGUAUUUCGAGAGACCGAAAUACUUGUACAAAAUUUUAUUUGCAAACUGAGGUUACGUUGCCAAGAAGACUAUUCUACCUUCAAAUAUGUCCCUUUCGAUAACACAAACGUGAUUCUAAUCGUCAAAACUAUUUUCUCUUUAACCAGAUCAGGCCCCUAAAUCCGUUCCACAAGGCUGUUUUGUGGAAAAAGAGAAGACAGAGAAGUUGCUUACUGAUAAUUUUGCCAGCUUCCCGAGUAACUCGGAUCCAAAGGCCACUGUUGUUUACUGCUCUACUCUAGCUCGAGACAUGGGUUAUCAGUAUUUCGCUGUGCGGGAUCAAGUCCAAUGUUGGACUAGUAAAGACAUCGCAAACAUAUAUAACAAGUACGGAAGGUCCGACAAUUGUGCAGGUGGAGUUGGCAAAGAGAUGGCAAACUUUGUGUAUCGUAUUCAAGCCUCGUAUUCAUAUCCAACUGGUUGUGAUGAUGAUCCUUGUCAGAACACUGGGUUUUGUGUGGUGGACGAGGAUGAUCCUAAACAGUACUCGUGUGAAUGUCAGCAAAUGUUCAGUGGGAAGAAUUGUGAAGGUUACUCUCAACAUAAUUUUAGGCUUUGUAGCUUUUUCGACACAAAGAGCUUGGAAAAAAACAUUUUCAGUUCAUAAUUUUUGUCUAUUCUUUUUUUUUGAAGUACAAUCUCUUCCAUGUGAUAACAACCCUUGUAAGAACGGAGCCACUUGUCGUAACGAUGAGAAAGACAUCACAAAAUACCACUGUGAUUGCGCGGGCGACUUCAGUGGUGUCAAUUGUCAAGGUAAGCUCUGUUGGACAAGAAAAGUCCUUUUAUAACAGCGUCUUCUACUGAUCGAAGGCACUUUGAACCCAUAACAAGGAUCUGGUAUUAUACGAGUACCUCGGAACUCAGUCCUUUAAUCUUGCCGGCGAAAUGAAUUAACUUCUGUUUCCGGUAAAACCUUCCAUCUUGAAUACACUGGAGUUGUUUCCUCAGUGAAUGUAAGCGAAACUAAGUUUCCUUCUUACAGUCGGAAACUGCCACGGAUAUAACGCAAUUAAACCUAAGAUCAGUACCAGAGUGUUAUUUAUGGAGAGUAAAUUUUCUUUUGUGGACGAUAACGAACUGUAAAAUGUUAAGCUCAUUGUGAUUAGACAGUCGCGCCAUUUGACCAGAGGAGAUGAGCAUAGCCGCCUGUCAAUGUUGAUACGUGCACUUUCCUUUUGAAUUCUAGUGUCAUCAUUCAUUGAAAUUGGUUGUUUUAAGAAACCAAAAUCUGGUUUGAAGGAAGUACUUGCGAGUCAUUUCAAGGACUUUGAUCCAGCAAAAGCGAAAUCAAAAGCUUAUGUCAAAGAAUGUAGCGAGUUGGCAUCCCAGAAAGGUUACAAAUACCUUGCCUUGGGUGACAAAGGAAGCUGUUUAUCCAGUGCAACUGCUAACAACGAAUACCACUUGAAAGGAGGCACUGGUCCCAAGGAUUGUAAAAACGGCAUAGGAAGUAAAUCUACAGUUGAUGUUUAUACAUUUGGUGAGUUGAAAUCGAAUGUGGGCUGUAAUCAAAGGUGCCUUUGAAAAUACUUUGCAGCUACGCUGUUUACUUCUUGUUUUACAUGAGUCUAAUUUAUGGAUGGUUCUUACUAUGCAGCCAAACACCCACGAAUCAGUUUUCAUUACAUGUAAGUUUGGAAAACGAGACAGAAAGCUUUCCUUGAGUCUUAUCGUUCAAGCAAAGGCUUAUUUGGUUCUGGCGCUUGUACUAAAUACUUAGGUGGAUGAAACCUCAUCAGUACCUGUCUUUUUUAAUUUUCUUUUGAUUUGACUAUCUUUUAUUCGUUAAUUUUGAUCUUCUGUCUGACGGUCUGUAUAUCCGCCUGUCUUUUAUUUUUUGCUGUGAAAACAUAUAUAGAGAUGAUAAUUGCUUUUGAUGUUCUAAUAACCUUUUCCCUGCACCAUCGCAUGAAAUUUGAUUCAAAUUCUUCAUUUUAAUCCUUCUCUAGCAUCUUCACCCAAAUCUAUUCCACAAGGCUGUUUUGUGGAAAAAGAGAAGUCAGAGAAGUUACUGACAGAUAACUAUGCCAGCUUUUCAAGUAACUCUGACCCCAAAGCUGCUAUUGUGUACUGUUCUACUGUAGCUCGAGAUAAGGGCCACGAGUAUUUCGCUGUACGAAAUCAGAUCGAAUGUUGGACCAGUAAAGACAUUGCUGACACGUACAAUAAGUACGGAAAGUCCGACAAUUGUGUAGGUGGAGUUGGCAAAGAGAUGGCAAACUUUGUGUAUCGUAUUCAAGCCUCGUAUUCAUAUCCAACUGGUUGUGAUGAUGAUCCUUGUCAGAACAAUGGAUUUUGUGUGGUGGAAAAAGAUGAUCCUAUGCAGCACUCGUGUGAAUGUCAGCAAAUGUUCAGUGGGAAGAAUUGUGAAGGUUAGUGUCGAUCAAAGAAGAGACUUUUCAUUGUGAUCGGUUCACCGAGCAUUAUUCAAGGGGCUUAAGCUACGAGAGAUUCCAACAUGCUGCUAUGUUUUGAUGAUUUCAGUUCAGUCCUAUCCGUGUGAUAGCGAUCCAUGUGUAAAUGGAGCAGCUUGCCGUAACGAUGAAGAAGACAUCACAGAAUACCACUGUGAUUGCACAGGCGACUUUAGUGGAGUCAAUUGUCAAGGUUGGUGAUCGAAUGGUGAAACAAAAUACUUGAAAAGUGUAUGUAAUAAAGCAUUUAUCCAUUUGACGUCUUUAUCUGUACAUGGUAGAAAAAAGGGCAGUUCAUGCUACAUAGAUCUUUGCUGUAAGGUAAAAAUUCUCCAACGAUCUCAACCUGUCUAGAGAGCGUUCGCUGAAAGAUCCGAGAAAAUACGAGGGACAGACUAUUAGAAAAAUGGGGAAAAAAAAACAACAAAAAAGGUGCAUAAAGAGAAAAAAAGCGGUUUUCCUCCUUAGAAAUACAAGCCAUAUUUUUUCUGCAUCUCCAAAAUCCCCAAUUCUCCACCCCUCCCCCCAUCACUUUUCCAAUACUCCAUCCCAGUCCUGAAAAAUGGUACUUUGACUUAAAAGGCAAAAAAGGAACUGUUAAAUGUGCAGCUAGUUAAAUUAGUUAGUGGUGAGCACAGUUUAGAAGUUAUCAGCGAGAGAAAAUAAAAAUGUCUUAAAGCUAUAAAGCUAGCCACCUCGUCCUAAGUCUCUCAAACAUAACAUACAAUUUAGCGACUUGUUGAGUAAUUUAAAUCUGUUUUAGUGAACAUGUGUACAAAAGAACAGCCUUUUCGCUUCACGUUCGUUUUGUUUUUAUCCUAGUACCAUCUUUCAAUAAUAUUGGUUGUUUCAAGAUACCGAAGACUGGUUUUAAAGAAGUUCUUGCAUAUCCUAACAAAGACUAUGAACCAGCAAACUUCAAUAGUUACAUUCUGGAGUGUGCAGAGCUUGCAUUUGAUAAAGGUUACAGCCAUUUCGCACUGGGCGAUAAGGGAAAAUGCUUGUCCAGUAGCACUGCUAAAAAAAAUUACUACGCGAAAGGGGCCGCUGCUGCCAAAGAUUGCAAGAACGGUAUAGGAAUAAAAUUUUCCAUUCAAGUGUAUACAUUUGGUGAGUUUAAAGUGAAAGCGGAUGAAUAACACAACAAUCUGAGUAGCUAGCUUGUGACAUAUGUUUCUUCAUUGACCCUCGGUAUUACUUGGCUAUAACAUUGGCUCUGGGUUACCGUCGGGAAAGGUUGAAGGAGACGCAAGUCUGGUCCAGUUGUAAUAGCGGAGCUCACAGAGCGUAGCCCCAUAAUUAUAAAAGAGGACCUGGCAAAAAAUGCAAGCUCCGCUUUUAGGCUUGGCUAAAUCUAUAUAUUAUGUUGUUAAGAUGACAAAAAUUAAAAUUAUAAAAGUGGUGAAUUGCAGCUAGGAUGAUAGCGGCCUACUAAUAGCGAGCCCUCUAAAAUCACUUUCCUCUAGAACACUUCUUAAGCUGAAAUGCUCCUUAGUUAAUGACGAAUGAAAACUGGCACAGCAGAGACUAUCAACUUCCCAUUUUUUUUCCAGAGUCAAAGCCAACGCCUAAUGCAAUUGGCUGUUUCAAGGAGAACAAAGGCUCUAAGAGGCUUCUCAAAGAUAAAUUUGCAACCUUCGUGGCUCAACGAAAUAAAGACGAUCCCGGGUAUACAAUCCUGCAAUGUGCAUACGUCGCACGUGACAAGAUGAUCGAAUACUUUGCGUUGCAAAACAAUGGCGAGUGCUGGACGGACAAAACAUUAGGGGAGGCUUACAAUACCUACGAAGUAGCGGAAGAUAGCAAUUGUAAAGAUGGUAUUGGCGGUGUUUUGACCAAUUAUGUUUAUCAGUUAAAGUAAGUACAUAGAACUAAGAUGCGUUUCAAUGCAUGUAUUGCAUUGCGCAUUCUGACUGUCGAUCUUCCCUCCGCUUAGAGAACCUAAACAAACUUUUAUAUUACUUAUCGACUUUGCUUCGGUGAAUUCAACGAAUACUUGUCAUCUUAACCUUUAAUUUAUUUAUUUCUGCUUGCUCCGAUGGUGCAAUUCCACAAUCUCGACAGAUAUAAACGUACGUACCCGACCCACAGUUCUCUACUUUGCUCUGCAUGGAAGAUUAACGUGAGCUUUUCGAAAUUCUUUCCUGUGGUUAUUCAUUGCAUUUAUCAGCUUCGAACAGAUAACUAAUCACGUGUACUUCUGAGAAACAGUUCGGGAAAGUUUAGAGAACACUAUUAGAAAUGGCCGAUUUGUCUCAAAGGUAAAUCCACAUUUUCUUAAAACCCGUAUGGUGGACCAUCUUUCUCAAUUUUUUCUCGUUCAGAACUGAACCAAAUAAGUAAAUAAAUCCCUUUUUGUUAAAAUUAAGAAGUAAAUAUUUAUCGACCAAUCAUCUGAGCAUAAACGAUAAGAAACGGUCGAUCGUUGGAAUAAAAAAUAAUUUCCCCUUCUUUAUAAUAAAUGUCUUACUGACUUCAUUCUCUCUGUCCAUACUAUAAAUUAGGGAACUUGUUUUUUUUUUUUUUUGCGCUCGGCAUUGAGGCCCGCGCAGUUCGCACCAUAAAUCAGAGUAGAAAAAAAACUCAGUCUUUGACUUAUAGUACGGACCUCCUUCUAGCCUCUUACCUCUAAAUUUCGUUCUCUUUUUCUUAACUCCUCUAACAUAUAAAAUCAUUCCAAAAUUAUUUUCAUUACGCGUUUGUUUGUUGGAUAAAUUAAAGUUAAGAAUUUUAACUUAUCGACGAAUAUCUUUUCUAUUCUUUCUAUUUUCAGGAUGUAGCCGUUCAAUGUAGGGCCCCAAGUGUUGGAGAGCUUACAACCUCGUAGCCGUGAAGAGGUCUGGGUACGAGACUAGAGACUAGAGGGGAAUACCUGAUUAGCUUGCUAUAUUAUGCCUUUCGCCAUUUUCUUUAUCUUGUUGUAAUUAUUCAAAGGUUGUGAUUGUUGAAAUGGAGGAAAUAAUAAGAAUAAUGGUAACAAUACUAAUAAACAAAAUAUUAAACCACCGUGAC